AGGCAGCAAAGAUUUGUGAAAUGUGCUGUGAAGCUUUGUUGAUACGCUCAGUUCAGUCUAGACUUCAGUGUCAUGGCUUGGUGUGAUCGCAGAGUUCAGACAGUUUUGACGAGCCUGGGCGCGCUCGCGGCGAUCAGCCUGAUGAGUGUAGCGAUCGGAACCGACUACUGGCUCUACUCUAGAGCACACAUCUGCAACACAACCAGCAACUCAACAGAUGAAACCCAAAACCAGCUGCUGCCAAAGAAGACUCGGGGAGAUCUGACGCAUUCUGGACUAUGGAAGAUCUGUUGUAUCGAAGGGAUCAACAAUGGGAGCUGCUACUGGAUCAAUCAUUUUUCUGUGGAGGACUAUGACACAGAAAACUCAGAGUACAUCCUCCGUCUAGUUCGAGCAUCCAGUUUUUUCCCCAUUCUGAGUACCAUCCUGCUUCUCUUGGGAGGACUUUGUGUUGGGAUAGGUCACAUUUACAGCAGCAGAAAUAACAUAACCCUGAGUGCAGGAAUCCUUUUUGUAUCUGCAGGUCUCAGUAAUAUCAUUGGCAUCAUUGUCUACAUCUCCAGUAAUGCUGGAGACCCUGGUGACAAGAAAGGAGAAGAUAAGAAAAACCUAUACAGCUAUGGGUGGUCCUUCUACUUAGGUGUACUCUCCUUUAUUCUAGCUGAGACCAUUGCUGUGUUGGCAGUUAACAUCUACAUUGAAAAGAACAAAGAGGUUCAUUUCAAGCACUUUGUGUUUAAUAAAACUACCCCUUCCCCCUCAUCCUCAAUCUACACAACUAUCCCAACCUAUCAUUACAAGCAACAACGGUCCCAUUCCUGUUCUCAAUCCAGAGAUCCAUUUAAAAACACUUCCCCUGUCACACACGGUGUCAUCAGCUCUUCGCUGCCUUUGGUGGAUAUUUCAAUGUAUGCGUUAGGGGGAGAACAUCCACUGCUGGUAGGUGGUCAGGUGUGCUAUAAUACUGAUCUUGAGCACCACAGCUUCAGGAAAGUCCACAGUCACAUCCCAAUAGAUGUGAAAGACAAUUUAAAUCGCAGGAUCACUCCUGUUUAGAAAUGUAGUUGUUUGAUCCAUUUAAUAUUAUUUACAGAUUUUGUCAAUCACUUUGGCUCACCCCCCUCCCCUAAAAAUAAGAGUAAGUUUAGAUCUGCAAACAAUUAGUUACAAUAAGUUACCAUAAUGUUAUAAUGGACUAAAACUUUAGUUUGAAUUGUUGUAUGUGACAUAUUGUUUAUUGCAUUGGUAGUUUUAAGUUCCUGCAGACCUGCAGAAUUCCGUUCCAACACUGUUGGCCAAAACUGUGUCAGUGAAUACCAUUGGAUUGAAUACCAACAAAACAUAGGAGUUUACUAUCCAUUUCAUUUUUUUUUAAAGUAACUUGAAAACUACUACUUCUGGCCAUGCAUAAAGCUUAUGCCAUUAAAAAAAAUUGUUGUCACAUAUGGUUAAAUUGCUCAUGUGGUUCCUAAUGUGUCAUGGAUGACUUGCACAAGGUCCCUAGAUGCUUAAUAUUUAUCUGCAGUAUAAGCAUUUAUCUAAUGAAGCAAAGCUUUACUGUUUUACACAUUCUAUCCUCACAAUACACCAUCCAAAGGAUGUGGUAAAGGACAGAAAUCACUGAAUAUUUGAAUGUUUUUUCUGGUGAUCUUUAAAAUCACAACUAUGUUAUAAUGGAAGAAUAAUAUUAUGGAUAAGUAGCAGAAACAUCAAAAAGCAAUCAAUUAAUAAUCACUGUGGUUAUAAUUAUUAGAAUGUUUCCAUUUUACAAACUUCCAUUUUGACUCUUCUAAAGCAUAAAAAUACCAUAUUGCAGAUAUUUAAGAAACGUGCCAAGUGAACAUUCUUGUUAAUCUGAAAAACAAUGCUAAAUUCAGUUAUUCUGCUCUGAAAAUGUGUUUUCCGUGCCGGAACAGUCUUUGUUUUGGUUCUUUUAACCUGCCCAAUGCCAGUUUAGCCAAUUCUAUUUCGGCACCCUGGGUUGCCUUUGUAUAAAACAGCGCAUUCAUUCAUUCAUUCAUUCAUUCAUUCAUUCAUUCAUUCAUUCAUUCACAAAGGCUCUCAAAGCAUAUGCAAAAUGAGAUGCAGAUUCAAAGUUCCACAUGAGGUUAUUAAUUAGCAGAUAAUAUAAAUAUUAUGAGCGUAAACCUUAGGUGAGCAGGUUACAUUGUAGCCCCGUGUCCUAACAACAUGCUACGUGAUGAAAUUUGCAGUGAUAAGCAAUUUGGUUGUUUGCACCAGACGAAACACGACAAAAAUUGAAAUACAGCCAUUCAGAAUCACAGAAUAAGCACUCACUCACGAAAUGGUAAGGGUUAUAAUCCAAAUAAUACAUAUUAAACCUCUUUAACAUUAUUAAAUGUUGAUUUUGAGUCACAGUUCUAAAGUUCAAUUUCAAACGCUUUAUUUUAUUUUUAAGGUAUGAGGUGAACUAUCUGCUGCUGCUUUUAGUAGUAUGGCAAUAACAGUGAAUAAAGCACAUGAGGUUUACCUGAGGUGAUCAUUGUCAGAGUAUCCCGUUGUUCAGUUGCAAGAAAUAGAAGCCGUUUCUAACAUAUACAUUUCAGGUGUUGGUUAAAACUCUUUUUAAUAUGGAGAAUAUUUCUUCUAUCGCAUGGCGUUGCUUUUAUUUAGAACACGAUUAAAUCAGCCUUGUUAGUCUUCAAUCUGGCAACCUGCACUUGCGUUUGUUUUGAUCCAGGAAUGCAAUACCUAGUUCAACCAGUGGUUGUCAAACUUACAUACUGCAUCUUUAAAGCAACAAUGUGAAACUUGUCUUUUCUUAACUAAUGUAUUUUUAUGAAGAUGGAGGUGACUUCUCUGUUACUUUUAAAUAUUUACAUAGAAUCAGAUGAUGGAAACAUGAACCAUUAAGGUUUGUGUCAAUGUGCCUUCUAAUGUGGUGCACUCCAGAUUUGAAUGAUACAGUGCAAGACUUUAGGCAGCGAUUAAAUUCCAGGCUGUUUAUCACAAAGUCACUUUACUUCAGAACCUCUGAAUAAUAUGCACAAAUUAUAUGGACUAUUUUUGUGUUCUUUCUGUGCCAGGUAUUCAGUGUUUUUGUGUCCCAAAGACUAUUUUCAUUGACAUCUGAUUUGUACUGUUUUCCUCCUUUCAAUUCAGUAACUGAUAUUGCUUUGGUUCAUGUUAGGUUUGUGAUUCCUGUAUCACAUUGUCCUAUCCCUCAAUAAAGGUUGUGUCUAGAUCUGA